GACCUUGCGCUUUUUGGCUCUCAGUGCCUUGGUUUCCCCAUCUACACACUAAGCUAUGCUCUUUGUAAAGAGUCAUUCGUAGCAGGCAGGAUGGGGGAACUGCCUGCACUUAGCUAAACUUAUGAUUUUGCUGGUUCAUUUCCUUUAGAAAUAAAAUAUGGGAGGGAAAAGCAUCCAAAAUUUGCAGAGGACAGAGGCGAGGCAGGCUGGGCAGCAGGACAAGUACUUUCCCAUCAGACUUGUGAGAAGUGGCUUACUUUGGGGAAAUACCUUGAGACCCAGCUAAAGUCCCAGAGCUGAGAGCAGGCAGUGGGCAAGCGCAGAGCUGGAGCUUACACUGGGGUUUUUUGUUAGAUAUAAAAGGCUUCGGUGGAUCAAUGCUAACCACAGUGCUUGGAAUGUGGAUGAGAGGAGCUGUGCAGAGAGCAGAGCCUGCCAUGGGACGGGCAGCCCAAAUCCUCCUGGCACUGCUCAGUCUAAUAGCAACUAUUUGUGAUGCUCAGGACACCUGCCCAGACUGUCUUAAUUUCUCAGAGGUGAGAAUAGUGGGACUCGGUGAUGCUGACCAGCUUGCCAUUCUCCAAGGAUGCCCAGGGAACCCAGGUGCCUCUGGUCCAAAAGGAGAACCAGGUCUCCCAGGAACAAAAGGAGAAAAGGGAGCCCAGGGACUCCCUGGGAAAGCGGGACCACCUGGUGUAAAAGGUUCAGCUGGAGAGCCUGGCUUCCCAGGUAAAUUAGGAAUGAAAGGAGAACCUGGAUUUCCAGAAACCUGGGAAGCCAGGAACUGCCUAGAGCUGUUGGGCAGAGGCAAGUUCCUGAGUGGCUGGUACACCAUCUAUCCCCAAGGCUGCAAUGCCACCACUGUCUUCUGCGACAUGGACACCGAUGGCGGAGGGUGGAUUGCCGGUGGUUCUCCUCUCCUGCAGGUUUUCCAGAGGCGGUGGGAUGGGUCAGUGAACUUCUUGCGAGAUUGGGAUUCAUACAAACGAGGCUUUGGCAACCAGCUGACGGAGUUCUGGCUGGGGAAUGACAACAUCCACUUCCUCACCUCAUUGGGACUCUCUGAACUGCGCAUUGACCUGAGAGACUUUGAAAACAACUACUAUUUUGCCAAAUACUCUUCAUUCAGAGUUUUGGGAGAGUCUGAGAAAUAUAAACUGGUUCUAGGAGACUUCCUUGGUGGAAACGCUGGAGACUCCUUAUCAUACCACAAGGACAUGCCAUUUUCAACCACAGAUGAGGACAAUGACAUGAGCUCCUUUAACUGUGCGACAGAAUACAAGGGAGCAUGGUGGUACAACGACUGCCAUUACUCUAACCUGAAUGGGAUGUACUGGUUGGGUGUUCACGGGAGCUAUGCUGAUGGCAUUAACUGGAAGACAGGCAAAGAAUACCACUACUCCCAUAAGCGAACAGAAAUGAAAUUCAGGCCAGUUUAAUAUGGCAAGAGAAUGUCUGACUACCACCAUCAGGUGCCAUUUAACAGCCUAGAGUAGGCACAAAACAAUGUUCUUUGAGGGCAAAAUUGGACCAGGAUUGAUAUUACAGGUUGUGUCUCCAGACUAGAGCAGACUUUUAGAGACCACAAGAGACUGGUGCUGGUUUGAGCUCCUGUAAGCAUAAAACUCUCACCCUGGACUAUCUCCAGCAGCCCCACAAAUGCUGACUGAGCCUGAGCAUCUUUUUCUGAAGAGUGCAUUGCCUUGAUUUAAAGUGAUGGUGAGGCUAUAUGUCUCAGUAAAGCUUUCAGAUAUUAUCACUUGAAACGGUGAUUACUGCUAAUUUUCAGUCUUUCCACAUAUAUGAAGCUUCCAGUGCUCUUGCAGCCUGUUUUUCUGUUGGACCCAAGAGCCAUAUGAAAGGCACUGA